GCUCACUGCAUGAACUGGCACCACAGGGUAAAGAACAACAGAGUGAGAGAGGAGAGGACAAACCAUGACUUUAAGAUCAGCAGCAAGAGGAUUUAUAGCUUUCCUUCUAUCAGUACCAGGAUCCAACGAUCAGCCUGUUGACCUGCGAGGGGAUGCAGACUAUACAGGUCGUGUUGGAUACAGCGGUGGAGAGGUCAGCUGUAAUGGGUCCAGAUGUCAUGGAACAUGUACCCUGAGAAUCAAAGACCUGAGAGAGAGUGACUUUGCUGUCUACAAGUUUAGGUUCACAACAAACCAACCACGUGGGGAAUAUACUGUUGACCCUGGAGUGACAUUAUUUGUAUCAGAUCUCCAGGUGAAGGUGUCCUUUCCUGACCCUACCGAUCCUACCAGGGGAGAGCUGGAAUGUCACAGUAGGUGUGGUCUAGCUGGGAACCAUCUCUACACCUGGUUCAGGAAUGGAGAGAAUGUAGGACAGAGAGUGAACUCCUGGGUCCAACCUCAGUCUGGAGGCAGCUAUUCAUGUGCUGUUGAAGGACACAAUCUCAGCUCUCCUUUAGUGUACGCUCCAAAGACCCCCUCAGUGACCGUGAGUCCCUCUGGUGAAAUAGAGGAGGGCAGUUCAGUGACUCUGAGCUGCAGCAGUGAUGCCAACCCAGCAGCUAAGUACACCUGGUUCAGGGAACAUGAAGACUCAGUGAGAGAAUCAGGACAGAACUACACCAUUACUAAUAUCACAUCUGAGCAUGAAGGAAACUAUUACUGCCAAGCUCAUAAUGCAUUCGGACGUCAAAAUUCCUCAUUUUUAUUCAUUAAGGUGACAUCAUCAUCACUGACAGCAAUGGUAGCUGUAUCAACCAUUGUUAUGUUAUUGGCCACCAUUCUCCUCCUCGUCUUCCUCUGGAUGAGAAGAAAGAGGGCCUUCAGAAAGGCAUGUGGACAGGGAGGAAGGCCAGAUACCGUGGAGGAGCCACAUCCUGUUCCUGUGUAUGAAAACGCCUCAGCUCUGACCAAUCAAAUGGUUCCUACAGCACUCAGAGAACCAACUGAAGAGCAUGAUGACCUUCACUAUGCCAGCAUCCACCCCUCUCGCUCAAAGAACCAGGAAGUUCCUCGCUGGUUGCCUGGCUCUCGUGUCCAAUCAGACCAGACAGAUGCAUUAUUUUACUCUGUGGUCAACGUUAAGAGACCCAACGCUGUCCCUGGAGAAAGAGAGAAGACAGAGGCGACAGAAACCUCAGUGUUGUACAGCACUGUCAAAAAUAACCCAGAAAUUGAAGUUGCUGCAGCAGGAUUUAAAUAGUGAGUCUAGGUAGAGUGUCUCAUCUGUUUAGUUGAACAGGACAAUACGCUGUUUGCAUAUCAUAUGGCGCUUAAUUACCUGGACUGAUACCUGAUCUGAUGUCUGUUGAGUUUAUUUUACUUAAUUACUUGAUUUUGUAUGUUCCACUUGUGAUGCCCCCACAUCUUAUCCAGGGCCUCUUGCUCUGGUGGAUGAAGCUCCGCUUCAUUGCUACCACCUGUUGGUUACCAGGAUGUACUGCACCUGUGAGGAGAGGUCUUAAGGGACAAUUCCUGUCUGCGUUCGUUAGCUAACCAUCCUUGCCAUCUCCUGGCUGCACUGAAACAUUAUUGUAUUUUACGGAUUUCCCCUGUUCAUUAUCUUUUUACUUGUUAAUAAAACAGAAAUGUUCACCAACCCUUCCAAACAAUACCUUGAUCAACUGAAUCUGAGUAAUUGCUAUUGCUUGGAGCAUGUUUCUAAAGUUAUUGCUCUUUUAAUGUUCAAGAUCAAAGUUAUUAAUGCUCCGGAUUUUUAUUAAAUUGUGACCAUGGGCAAAUGCAAAGG